AUGGAGGAUUUGCCAGAGCGGCUUUCAAUAGCUAUCCUCGGCUGCGGCAAACUUGGGACAUCUCUUCUCUGUGGCUUUCUGUCACCGAAGCGUUCUACUCCGACACUCUCUACAUUCCCAUCACUCUUAUCGUCUGUGCGAACUCCCCUCGAGAUAUCUAACAUUAGCGUUACUGUCCGCGAAGCCGCGAGUGUCGAUCGAGUUCGGCAAGCUGUCCUGUCACUGCAGUCCACCUCGUCACCAUCUCGCCCUUCUCCUCCGCAGGUAACCGUGGGAUUGCAAGACCAAAACGCGCGAGCUGCCCAGGAGGCAGACGUCGUAAUACUAGGAUGCAAAUCAUAUGCUUUCGCGGACAUCUUGUGUGACCAAGAUGUUCGGACGGCCCUUCUUGGGAAUGAGAGGAGAAAGACACUGGUUAGUGUAUUGGGUGGCGUCACUAUUGCGCAAUUGCAGAGCUGUCUCUCCGACUCCAACGCACAAGAAUUCAAUGACAAACAGCAACGUCCGGGUAUUACUGACCCGGAAUGUCUCUGCACUAUCGUUCGCGCAGUUCCCAACAUGGCCGCUCGUAAUCGUGAAUCUGUAACUAUCAUUUCGUCCUCAGAUCCGUCCAUCCCGCCUCAGGACGACAACAACCGCCAAGUCAACCGUCUCUUUGCCCUCCUUGGUCCUACCAAGACACUUCUCGAAUCACAAAUCAAUCACGCCUCGGCCAUUGCUGCGUCAUCUCUAGCCUUCUAUGCAAAAAUAAUCGCCGGUGCUGCUGAUGGCGCUUUGGAUUGCGGGAACGGCCAAGGUUUGUCUAAGGAGGAUGCGAUGUGGAUCUCUGCGCAAGCGGUCAGAGGCACCAGUGGGCUUGUAGCUGCUGGCCAAGAUCCCAGCUGUGUUGUGGCAGAGGUCGCCACGAAGGGCGGAAGCACUGCGGCUGGUUUGAAAGUUAUGGAAGAGCGAGGGGUGAUUGAAGCGGUGAGUGCGGCAGUUAAGGAAUGCGCCAGAGCUACAGAAAUGCUCUCAAAUGCGAGUACGAGGUAG